GUUUGAAAAAAAAUACAUGCGAAUUUGUCAAGCAGUAAAUGGAAAUAGAUUCAAAUAUAGCAGCAAGAAAACAAGAAUAAUAAAAAACAGACAAGCAAGAGAAAGUGUUGGCCCUGUGCCUGAUGGCGCUCACUGUGGCCGCUCUGGCCGACGACAGUCGCCGCUGGGGAGGCUGGGGACGACGACGCGGAAAGAACAAGGAGAAGGAGUUCCACCACUUCCACCACUACCCGUACCACGGAUACGGACACGGAUACGGGCACGGAUACGGACACGGAUACGGAGAUUACGGACACGGCGGAUACGGAUACGGAGGCUAUGGUGGCUACGGAAAAGGCUACGGCGGUCACGGAAAAGGCUACGAGGGUUACGGACACGGUUACGGAGGUUACGGGCACGGAUACGGAGGUUACGGGCACGGAUACGGAGGUUACGGACUGGUGGGUUACGGAGGGUACGGCGGCCACGGCCACGGCUUCGGCGGGUACGGCGCCAGCCCGGUGAUCGUGGUCACCACGCCGCACCUCGGCAAGGGAGUGGUGGGCGGCGGCAAGGUCAUGGGCGGCGGUGGGGUGGCUGUCGGCGGCGGCGGCGGCGGCGGCGGUGCCAUCGCCGAGACGAGCUCCUCCUCCCAGACGGUCGUCUCCGAGGAGGUGGAGACGGCCGCCGUCUCGUCCACGGCCGGCUUCGGCGGCGGCGUGUUCGGCUGAGCGCGCAGCGGGACCGCCCCGGCGCUGACACCGGCACAGGUCGACAGGAGAUCGGAUCGUCCUCCGCGCGGUGUCGACUCCAAAAGGAUGGAGCGGGGAGGGGGAGCGAUAGGGGCGUCACUUGGUUCAGAGGGUGGCUUGGUCUACUCAGGUUUCACAAUAGUUAAUGCUCGCCUGCAAUGGUCACCCGCUGAGCAAAUAAUUUGCGCACAUGGUUUGCGCAUAAGGCAGGGAACUUUGUGUAUUGCUCAGGUCAGGCCCACAGAUAUAACAUGUUGUAAAUAAAAAGCCUGCAAUAACUUUAACAAAUUGUUAUCUAAAUACAUGUAUGACAGCAAUGAAUACAAACUUUGCGUGUAAAUGACAUCACGAAUAUAAAGAAGGAUAUGAGCUGAUUGACUGCAAUUGACUUACUUAUGUGCCAUCUCUCCAGAAGAUGUGACAAGCACCUACUAGCUAAGUAUAACGUGCUACAGGUUGUUGAUACUAAGGCAUGCGAGUUUC